CCAUUGUGUGGCAAAGUGACAUGUGAUUUCCUGCGCGAUUUUAGGGGAUAUUUUGGAUUUUGGAGUGUGCUGCGUCCAGAAUGAGUGAAUUCAACUUCGCCCCACUGCGAGAUCUCAAUGACUUCCUGCUCUCCAGCGCCUCCUUCGGCCUGCCCAGCGUCAACGACCUGGAGAAGUGGGGAAAUCGCGUCGUGAAGAACCUGCUGUACUAUCAGACCAAUUACUUCUGCUCCGCCGCGGUGCUCUGGCUCCUGCUGCUCCUGCUCAACCCACGCGACUUCCUGCAGGCUGCCCUGGUGGCUGUGGGCACUGCAGGAGGCGCCAAGAUAGUCGCCAUGCGCCACGGUGACGCCCUUGGUGGUGCCCAAAGAAUCCUCGCUGGCGCUGCGCUCGUGGCCGUCUUGAUCCUUUUCCUGCUCGAGCUCAUCCUCUUCGUCAUGCUCACCGCGCUCCUACCCUUCUCAGUGAUCUUCGUGCACGCGUCUCUGCGCCUGCGGAACACAAAGAGCAAGGCGGUGAACACGUUCGGGGCGGCACAGCUGAAGCGUACGCCGAUGGGAAUCUUCUUGGGCGCCAUGAAUCUCGUGCCGGACAAUGUCUGGUUCAACUAGUCUCGGCGUCUUUGCCGCUCGCCCUCAUCAUGGGCAAAUGCUUGUAUUUUAUUGUAAUUUAGAGAUCCAGUUUGCCUCUUGACUGCACUGCAAGACAAUGCCAUUCAGAUGAUUCAGAUGAAUAAAUUC